AUGGAAAUCGAGACGCGAAUAAUCGUAUUAGAAGAGGGACAGAACCUUGACACUGUAGUAAGGCGAUUAGAAAAAGGUCAGUUUUUCUUUGACAGUUUAGAGAAAAUGUCAUUCUCUAUCACUGUAGAAUUCCGCGGAAAUUCCGUUUAACUUCAGCUCGCGUAAAAUGUUCAGAGUGAAAAUUUGCGAGUUUUUUUUUUUGAUCCGAGCUUCAAUUUUUAAUCCGUAUCAUCUGAAAAUUCAGUUUUUCUGCUGCAAUUUAAUUUACGAGGCUAGGAAUUUGAAGAUGUCUUUUUUGUAUCAUAGUUUUUAGAAUCAUUUUUUCCACCAUAAAAAUUUUACUGUCAUCUUUCCUUUAUGAUUAAAGGAUGGGUCGUGCGGUUCAAGAGAGGUUCCUCGCUGCUCGGCAAGGAAGUUUCAGUCAGAACCACACUGACCGGAACAGAACCUCUGAGAUGGAGUCCUGGAAACGACCAUUUGGCAGUUUUCUGCGAGAUUGUUUGUUCGCGAGCCGGAUCUUUCAAAUACACAUUUUCAGUUGACUCGAGGUAUAUUCAACAGUUCAAGGCCAUCUUUAAAAAAAAGGAAUUUAGCUCGGAAACAUCAGGAAGUGGCUACUUCUUGGUGAUGCCGCAGCUGAGCAUCAAUGGAAAUCCACUCCCUCUGGAUGGCAUCACCUGCCAAACGCACCUGGUGAAACUUCUCGGCGACCUUUCCUCCUGGAAGAACCGCCUGAGGGUCACCAAGGAGAGCGGCUACAACAUGAUCCAUCUGACGCCGAUCCACGAGCUCGGCAUCUCCAACAGCAGUUAUUCUCUCAGUGAUCAUCACGCUCUGAUGGAUUCUAUUCAUAAGGUCGGUUUUGUCAUUAAACAAUUAUUUUAUACUCUUUCUGGUUCAGUUUGUUCAGAUUUUUCACUAGGGUGUUUAGAAAUGUAGAGUUUUUGCAUAACCUACAGAAAAAAAUAUUGAAAAAUUUCCUCAGAAAUUCGUCAAAUUCUCAAAAUUUUUAGAAAAAUGAGCUGAGUGUUAUAAUCAAUUUCGGCUUGUUAACUUGAUAAUCAAAAAUUCUUAUGAGGGGAUUUUUUUGAAAAAAAGAUUGACUGAUUUAUUUUUGCACUUUUUUUUUUAGAAAAAAGCUCCAUUUUUAUGAGGUUUUGUACAUAGGAAAGGUCGGAAAGAAUGUUUCCUUUUUGCUGCCUUUUUGCGCCAUUUUUUCGGCUAUUAUGCACCAUUUUUGCUGCCAAUCUUUGUUUCCACCAUUUCUAAGCCUCAGAAAAAAUGAAAGGUUCGAUGAUGGGACUCUUUUUGUUGCCUUUUUUGAGCCUCUCCCAUUGAGCGGCCAUUAUCCACCAUUGUGACUUUUACCGAGUAUUCAUUUUUAAAAAUCGAAAUCUUGCAUGUUUUCCUCAAAUUUUUCAAUUUAAUCAAUGUUUCAAAGACUAAAAAAUGAAUACGUAUUUAGAUCGAAAGCUUUAUUCCUUGUUUCAAAGAUAUUUUCCAUCAGGAUGGCAAAAAGUAUACAUUCGAUGACGUUCAAAAUUUGGUUAACGAGAUCGAAAAAGAGUGGGGAAUCAUCACAGUCCAAGACGUCGUCUGGAACCACGCAGCCAAGAACUCCAAGUGGCUCUUGGUAGGGUUUUCCUUCGAAGGAAUCCUUGACUGGAGAAUUUUUAGGAGAAUCCCAACUCUUCGUAUAAUUGUUACAACAGUCCGCACCUGAGGCCGGCCUACGUCGUCGACCGUUGCUACCAUCAGUUCGGAAAAGAAGUCGGCGAAGGCGUCUGGACGGAUCGAGGCGUUCCUCCCGUUGUAGACAAUAUCCAUCACAUUUCGGUUGGUGGUCGAUUCAGCUUACCAGGAAAUGCUCUCAGCUCCCAGUGGGACUUGAGAAUGAGACCAAGUUUACUAAAUUUAAUUUUUCACGCUGAUCCCAAAUCUGAUCUCAAAAACUGCCACGAAGGUCUGUGAAAAAUGUUAUCGACCCUCAAAAGUCGAAAGUUUCAAUGUCUCCGAUUGAGGUUUUUGUAAGGUAUCGUGUCCUUGGGGUAGCAGAAAACUUGUCUUUUUUCUGGAAAAGUUGGUCAGUACACUGAGGGGCGUGGCUUGUCACGCUUCCCACCAACUAGGCCCUUUUCUUUACUUUUUUCAUAAAUCGUGUCAAGAUCUUUUUUUAUGGCUCAAGCCAGCUGUGAUCCUAUCACGUUUGAAAAAAAAAAUUGAAAAAUUGAGAAGAAACUAGAAAAAUUUUUAGUGGCCACUUGAGAGGUUCAUCAAGGAUUUAUUAGCCACUAAAACGUCAAAAAAACCUUAAGUUGCUACUUCAGAGGUUCCUCGAGGGCUUCUUAGCCAUUAAAACGCCGAAAACCCUUAAGUGGCCACUUAAAAAGCACCUCAAAAAUUUUUUAGCGACAAAAGCGCCAAAAACCCUUAAGAGGCCACUUGAGAGGUUCAUCUAGGAGUUCUAAGCCACCAAAACCUUUGAGUGGCCACUAGAAAUUUUUCCCAGAACAGAAAAAUGAUUCAAGAAAGGCUUGAUUUUGGGAUUAUAAAUCAAAAAAAUUGAAAUUUCAGAACAUCGAGUAUCUUCUAAGAGCAGAAGUGCUGCCAAAAAUCCAGCUCCACGAGUUUUUCCAAGCCGACGUCGCCGCCUUGGCAGCUCAUUUUUCGGAUUUGGUCAACGCCGCCGGCGGUCCCGUCGAGGCGCCACUUGACCAAGAGCUCGUGCUGGAAGUUGAUCCGGAAUGGCGGCGUUUUGGGCGAACAGUCGACAUGAAAACGGCUCUGCGUGUUUUCAAUCGUCAUAGGUGCGCGAAACGCUAUUCUUCUCUCCCCCCCCCCCUACCAUUCAUCCUGGCGAAAAUAAGCUUAAAGUUAAGCUGGACUUCAAAAAUUUCAAAAUAGUCUAUUUAGGGUCAACUUCAAGCUUCCUUCAAGGUGCUUUUUAAGGAACAUUUUAUCUCCUCCUAUAGGGGCCAUUAAAGCUGAAAAAAUGUUUCAUUAUCAAGUGAAAAGACCCUAUAAGGACAACUUGAGCUUUAAGGAUUAAGUUCAAAUUUUAAACCUCUAUAGAUACCACCGAAUUUUUACCCUUAUAGGAGACUUUUUUUUUGCACUUAAGGGGCAGCUUUUCUCCCUAACCCCUAUGGGGGCCACUCUGGCGUUCCUAAGAAUGGAAAAAAACUGUUCACUAAGUCCAUAAAUGGUUUACUAUCAAGUUUUCAGAGAAGGUUCCUGGUCGGAGGAGCACCGACGUGAGCAAUGUGUCAAUUUAUUCCGCGAGCACGUCGAAUAUCUCAACGGAAAAGGUUUUUGGGAAAUUAAUUAUGAAGAAUAGAAUAUGCCUCAGUCUGAAUCUAGAAAAAUUGUGCUCUGGAAAAUUCUGAUUCUGAAGUUUUCCUGUUUUUUACUGGUUGAAAUUAUUACCUAAAGUGAAAAUAAUUAUUUUUUCUAGUGUGAAGUAACUUUUUUGAACUAAUUGACAAAGCAUACAUACUUUGAAGCGUUUAGGAAGGGUCAGACUCAUUAUCUUUAAGAAUAAAAAUCGGAAAAAAUUCCGGAAGUUCUUCGUUCCCAAAAAAAAUUUUUUUUCUUCUCUCAGCUGGCGCGGAUUCAUGGGAAAUCAUCAUGUCCGGGCUGAACUCCGUAAUGGGCCACAUAAGGUACGAAAGAACCGCCGACCAUGGACCCAAGCGAGGCCGAGUCGAUCCCGAGAACCCACUCACCACAGAGUAAUCAAUAAUAUUCAAUAUUUACGGUAUUAUUAUACUUGAGCUAUUUCCUCCACUUGGAAAGCUCGAACGGAUGGAAAGACGAAGAAAAACUGGCCUACGACUCGGAAAAGUCGAAGUUUUUGAUGGCUUUCAAUGGCUGGAUCAUGAGCAGCAAUCCUCUAGUCAACUUUGCUCUUUCAGACUCACAGGUAGAAAUGAAAAAGGGUAAAAAUUUCAGUUCAUUCAAGGUUUAUUUACGACGAGAGCUGGUUUGCUGGGGCGACUCGGUCAAACUGAACUACGGAGAGAAGGAGGAAGACAGUCCGUUCCUCUGGGAGUUCAUGAAGACUUAUACGUGAGCCAUUCUGCAAUUUGUUUGCUGAACUUUCCCGAAGUUCAGUCAAAAGUGCGCAAAAAUUUUCCACGGCCUCCGGAUCGACAACGCCCAUGGGACGCCAAUUCACGUGGCGGAGAAGCUUCUCCUGGCCGCCAGAGAGGUCAAACCGGACCUCUACGUCUUCGCCGAGCUGUUCACCGGAAGCGAGCAGCUCGACAAUCUCUUCGUCAAUCGUCUCGGCAUUUCUUCUUUGAUUCGAGGUGUUUAUACAAAUAAGAACACUACGCGGCCAAAGUCCAAACGACUUAUUUUGGACUUUAGAGAAAGAACCCAAGCUCAUUUUUAAGUUCCUGAAAAAUACUUCUCACUUUUCUCAAGAACUAAGGGUUUUUUAUGGACCUGAAACUUAUGAACUUCUUUUCAAUGCUUUUUUAUCUCUUCUAAAAGGACCUUUCCGAUGAGAAGUCAAGAAAAAAGUCUUUUAAGGGGGUUUUUUAAAGCCCAUUUUUGGGCACUUUUGACCUUUUCCCGUGUAAAGAUAGGGUCUCAUUACAUUUUAUAUUUUUUUAAAGUUUAUGCUAGAAAAAAAUUUUUUUAAUUGUGAGAAGUUUGUCUCGUGUACCUCUUGUGAUAUUUGCUUAAAAAUAAUGGAUUUUUUGGAUUUUAAUGGAAGAACGAGUUAUGGCUCAUUGUAAAAAUGGCUCUCUAAAAUUGGAGCAUUUUUGUAGAUUAGAAACAUGAGAAGUCAUUUUAGCCGGUCUUUUGAAAUUUGGAAAUUUAUAAAUUUGCUCAAAAACUUCUAAAUGAAACAGGAGCGGUAUUUGUCUGUAAAAAAACUUUUAGUUCUGAAGAUUUUUCAAAAGCAUAAGUUCAACACGGAAUAAGCAACUGUUUCUUUCUAAUUUUAAAUUUUAAUUUCUGAAAAUGAGCAGGUUACGAAUUUUUCGUGUUAGAUUCUUAAUACAUACAGCGAUUAUUUUAGCAAACUCAUAAAAAAAUAUCCAAAAAAAUCUAGGGAAAUGACUUACAAUGAAUCAUGUGCUUGCCUCGGUUAGAUUCAAAUCUGAGGUAUUAAAGAAAUUAUAUAUGAUUAUCGAUUUACUGAAAAUAAGCUCGGUUUUUAUGAAAAUUCAGAAUCCCGAAAGAAUAAAAAACUGUUUUCCCAGAAGCUCAAUCGGCCCACGAUAGCCACGAACAAGGACGGCUGGUUUACAAGUAAUUCCCUUCCUUAAUUCCCAUUGAGACUAGUUGGUCUGGUUGAAGGUACGGCGGAGAUUGUGUUGGAGCGAUGAUUCCGAAGAAGACACGACUGGCCCCAGAAUCUAUCGCCCAUGGACUCUUCCUCGACUUGUCCCACGACAACCCGUCGCCGAUUCUGGUUGAAUCCUCUAUCGAACUUAUUGAAAAAUGUGUGAUUCAAGACCCGGAGCGUGUACGACCUGCUGCCGACGGCGGCGAUGGUCACCAUGGCGUCUUGUGCCGUCGGCUCCAACCGCGGCUACGACGAGUUGAUCCGACAUCAUGUCAGAAUUCUAGCCGGGCCUUCUGGAAAUAUGAAUUUCUUUGAAGAUCCAUGUCGUCACGGAGAAACGGCUCUACUCGAACUGGGAGCGCGAGGAGGAAGUGAGCCUGAAGAAGGGCAUGAUCAGCGCCAGAAAGGUGCUCAACAACCUCCAUUCUUGGCUCGCUCAGAAUGGAUACACACAGGUUGGUCUAGCCUUGUGGGGUGAACGGAAGCAAAAAUAAAGCACUUGAUUUUUUCUUGUGAAAUAUUGGUACGAGCUAAAAAAAAAUACCUGAUUAAGUGGGCCUAAUUUAUCCUAAAGAUGCAAAUGAGAGUGUAAGUUUUGAGGUUACUUAGAAAUAAUUAUGGUUUUAGCGUUCCAGUCAAGCAAGAUUGGACUAGAAAAGCUGAAAAUUUUGUGAUUCUAUCAUUUUUUGAAUCGAAGAGAGUUUUGAACUCCCUAGAUAAAAAUUUUCCUUCUCAACUUGCAAAAUUACUUUUGAAAAUUAGAGUAUCAACAUUUUAGUAAGAUGGGAUGUGACUAGGAAAUUUUGAAGUUGAAGAAUCUGCUCUUAAACAUUUGAUAAUUGUUUCAAUUUUAAUGAUUUUUAAUUCCUAUUCUGUGAUCUUAAGUGCGUUUACCAAUUUUGGAACAUUUUGACGUUUGAUCGAGAUUAGCGACCCUUUUUUUGGAAAAUUAGUUUUUUCGAAAUGAAAUAAACCUGAAAUUCAAAAUUAAAUUUUCGCAGCUUUAAAUUCCUCUCAUGGGCAAAGUCGGAAAGGGUGGAAAAAGGUUCCAAAGAAAGGUUCCUUUUAGGCUUUCAAAAGUUCCUUUUUUGCUGUCAUUUUGCGUCAUUUUAUCGGCUCUUAUGCACCAUUUUUGCUGUUUCUCCCUUUUCCGCCAUUUCUUGAGCCUUUGAAUCUCAAAAAAAUGGAAGGGUCAAUAAAGGGACUCUCUAUUUCUGUCUUCAUGCGGCCUUUUUUGAGCCUCCCCCUUUUAGAGGCCAUUAUCCGCCAUUCCGACUUUGGCCGAGCUGUAAGAAUUUCAAGAGACUUCAAAAUAAAACUUUCUCUCUGAAAAGUUUCGUUUCAGGUCUUCGUCGACCAAAUGAACACGGACAUUGUUGGAAUCACGCGCCACAAUCCGAAAACUCACGAAACGGUCGUUCUCGUCGCUCAUACGGCCUUUGACAAGAACAAAUUCGUCGAUUCUCCUCACGGACUCAAGCAUAUCCCCAUUGGAGGCUAGCCAAUGAUGAUCCAUUCAACCGCCAAGAUUUUAUUUUUAGGAGUUCUUGAAAACGUCCUGUUUGAGAUCAAUCUCAAUGUGACUGUUCCUGAGUGGGAGCCAGGCAAGGCCGUUGAAUAUUCUUCAAAAUGAACAUAUUUAUAUUUAUAGAGGACCUAGAAGUCCUGAUCGGCUUGUCGAACUAUGAGGUGAAGAUCCGGGAGCACGUCCCGCCCGAGGAAGGCUCAAUGUUCCGACUUCACGGAGGUCCGAUGGGCUACAUCGAGCUGACCGCCUUCCCCACCGGCUCCGUUGUCGCGUUCAAGUCAGAGAAUUUUUGAUCUCCGUGGACCUAGAAGCCUGUGAAAGAAAGACACUUAUCUUAGGAACCCCAGAAUGGUCCCUAUAGGGGCUAUUGGAGAGUACCCUCUAGGGACCACUUUACUAACCCCCAUAAGGGUCACUGAAGUUUGCGAAAGUGGUCCCUACAGGGGAAAUGCUAAUUGAUAACUUGUAUGAACUCUAUGCGAAGAAGCAUUUCCAUAGGAAAAACUGAAAAAAUAAGCGUUUUUCUAAUAAAAAUUGAGAGACCCCUGUAGGGUCCACUUGAGCUUUAGGGGCUAAGGGGUCAGACCCUAAACCUCUAUAGGGACCACUUCUUCGACCCCUAUAUGGGUCCUUUUCUCUAUGAACCGCUCAGCCGAUUUAUGGAGAAGAGACGCAGACAGGUCAGACUGAAGAAGAGUAACACGAGAUCACAAUUUUUCCCUGAAAUUGAAAGUUUUGGGAAAUGAUUUUUUAGAAUCAAACUCUCGGAUGAGGCCAGCGGCGCUGCCGAUCAGAUUAACCAACUUGUUGAGGGCGAAAAUAACGAUCUCGAAAAAGGUCCGCAUACCGUCCCCCUCAUUUCAAAUCAAACUCGUCUCAGAAUUCAAAUUCCUACUCCAAGAUCUCAAUUUCCAACAGUUCAAUCAUCUUCUUUUCUCUUGUGAAGCCGAAGAUUACGCAGUCAUUGGCCAAGGCGGCUACGAAGUGCCCAAUUUCGGAAAAUUUGUCUAUUGUGGAAUACAAGGUGCUUAAAAGAAGACAACAUAAAGAAGGAGUUUUUGUCAGGAAUGAUACCGGUUUUGGACAAAAUCCGCGAAAACAACGACUUGGGCCAUCCGCUUUGCCAGAACUUGCGUGAUGGAACUUGGCUUUGCGACUACAUCGUUCAAAGAAUUGCUAAAUUUGCCGGUCUCGAAAUGGUGAAUUCAGUUUUGGAAACGUCUUGAAAAUCCUCUAUUGCUUUUCUCCGGGGUACAGCUAAAGUUUGAAAUAGACGAAAGUCAUCUUUGUAGUGUAAGAUAUCAUAAAAACCAACUUCAAGCAUCAAAACGUUAUAGGAAAAGUUAAAUUUUGGGGUUUGAUGAUUCUACGUAGCAGUAAAAUGGUUGAAUUUAUUUGAUUCCUGCUAAAUGGCGCGACAAGGGCCUUUUUCUGGAGAGUACUGUAUGUGAAAUUCCGCAUUUUGCAUAUGCGUGUUUGCACACUCUGACCGUUCCUCCUAUUUUUUUUCAGGUUUGCUCUAAGAUCUGUCCAAAGGAUUACAACUAUGGGAAGCAAUUGAACUAAAAACUUUGAAAUAAAAAUGGAAAACGCGCAGAAUGUGCAAACAAGCAAAAUGCGGACUUUCCCCUACAGUACUCCUCGAAAAAAAAAUUCGCUCCUGUCAUAACACCGCAAAAAUAGAUGAAAUACUCGCUUGAAAGUAAAUUGAACAGUACCUUUUUUAUGGGCUGACUGACCUGAAGUUUUUGAGUAAUUCAGUUUUCAGAAGGAGUUGCUUCGAAGAAUAAGUGAAAAAAUUUUUUAUUUAGACCAAAAGUAAUCCGAGUUUUUCAGAUCUCAACCUUUUUCGACACGGUUCUCGGCCCACUCCGUGAUAUUCCUUACUACCUGAGGCCAAGCUAUUUCGAAGCCGUCGUCUCCUUUUUAUACCGAUCCGUCAGAUCGGUCCUUCUCGACAAGCUUUCCACGUGGGCACUCCUCAGAAGAGUUGGAAAUCGUGGAGAUUUUUUUUUAGAAGGAUGCUCAACUCGAAUACUCUGCUGCGAUGGCUGACGACGUCGACGGUGGCCUUCACAGGCGACGUCCCAGGCGCCGGACUCGCGCCCCUGCCGGAGUCUUCUGAAGCAGAAGGAGGACGUCCGUCGUCGUUGGCGGCUGGACUUCCCUCACUUUGCCGUCGGCAUCUGGCGCAACUGGGGACGCGACACCUUCAUCGCACUGCCUGGAUGUCUUCUCCACACUGGACGCUUUGAAGAUGCCAAGUCCGUUUCUCAUCAAGGAGCAUAGUUCGAAAAGAUUCUGUAUCCCCGAAAAAUAGUCGACAAUUUUUCAACGUCACUGAGACUUCUGGAGACAAAAUUCAUAAAAAUUCAGAGUCCUAAGUUUUCGUUGGCUUUUCCAAGUUUUCUCUUAUUUAUUAAAAAUGUUUGAUAGUAGAUAGGAAAGGUCCUGCCCAUUUCAGUAGUCAAAACUUUACAAAAUAAAGCCCCCUUUUAGAUAAAGCUUCAUGAUUUUUCUGAAACUUGACCAAAUCACUUGGAUAUAAUGGAUAUAAUGGAACUUUAGCUUUCACGGUUUGCUAUUUCUUGAGAAAAUAUUGUGAAGUUGGCACUUUCCUGAUCUUCAACUGAAAGUUAUCUGCUCAAGUUUCAGAAAUCUCAGUCAAAUUAUGUUCCUUAAAAGGGAUUAAACUACUUGAAAACUUCAAACUUAAGAUUUCUGCCUUUCUGUCGAACUCUAUUUGAGUUUUCUCAUGUCAAUUCUUGUAUCAGAAGGUACAAUAAUUCGACAAAAAAGGUCUUCAGUGAAGUCAGAGGUUUUUAGCACGGUAAACUGCAGGAAAACUUGUCCAACAAGUCAACUUGACCAUAUAAAACCUUCAAAUUUGAAUUUUCAGAAACAUCAUAGUUUCUUUCGCCGGAUCAAUGCGACAUGGACUGAUUCCGAACUUGUUGGCAGAAGGAAUCGGUAAAAAUAUAAAAAUAUCUGUAUUGUUUUCAACUUUGAGCCUAGGAGCUCGAUUCAACUGCCGUGACGCGGUUUGGUUCUGGCUUCUGUCCAUCGUUCGGUACGUCGAAAUGGCGCCCGAGGGCAAGAAUAUUUUGAAAGCGACGGUCCGAAGAAUUUACCCGAGUGAUGAUACCAUUUUCGGAGAAGAUGAGAGGGUACACAAUUUUUUUUCUUCUUUUAAAUUGGAAAGAAUUCAGGAAGAACCACUGCUUGAUACAGUCCUGGAAGCUUUGGACCGCCAUUUUGACGGAAUAAGCUAUCGGGAGCGGAACGCUGGAAGCUCGAUUGAUGAACACAUGAAAGAUGAAGGUGAGUACAGUAAAUUACAUAAAAAUGGAAGAAAAUCACGGAUUGACACACAUUUCGCAACUCUUAGGCCAGAUCAGCGCAAAAAUAGGUUUUUUCAGGCUUCAACAUCGAUGUCCACGUUUGCAAAGAAACGGGCUUCGUUUUGGGCGGAAACCGAUGGAACUGCGGUACCUGGAUGGACAAAAUGGGCAGCAGCGAGAAGGCGGGAAACCGUGGCGAACCUGCGACUCCCAGAGACGGCGCUGCCGUAGAAAUCCAGGCACUCGCCUACCGCGUCCUGCAGGCCUUGGCCAGCUGGGCGGGUGAUGGAACAAUCUCUCGAAAGUCCGUCAAAAAUGGUAACCCCUACUUCAGCUUUUUCUUCAAAAUUCAAUUCUUCAGACAGUUCAUGGACAUGGGAACAUUGGGCUUCCAAAAUCAAGGAGAAUUUCGAAAAGGAAUUCUUCGUAGAAGCCGACGAGGAGGGAGAAUUCAUCAAUAGGCGAUCAAUUGUAAAAGAUAGCGUCGGUUCGACCCUCAAGUUCACUGAUUACCAAUUACGGUGUAAUUUCGCUAUCGCGUUGGCUACGGUAAGAUUAUGGAACAAAAAAAAUUUGAGAUCGUUUUUUUUUUCACAGGCACCAGAUCUCAUCGAUGAAUCCAAAGCGUGGGCGGCCUUGGACACCGCUAAAGCUUUAUUGGGACCUAUUGGAAUAAAAACACUCGACCCAAGGUUCUUUCCUUUUUUCCAACUCAUGCAAAUAUUAUGAGAAUUUAGUGAUUGGGCUUACAACGGCAACUACAACAACGACGAUGAUGGAACGAAUAAAGCAACGGCAAAAGGCUGGAAUUAUCACCAAGGACCGGUUUGUAACGAUUCUUUUAGUGAUAAUUAGGUUUCAAAAAAUCUCAGGAAUGGGUGUGGGUGGCCGCUUUCUAUUCAACUGCGAGAUUAGCGAUUGGUGAGAGACUAGGAGGAGAACGACUACAAGCUGCGAUAAAAGAAGUUCAGUCACGAUUAGGCGCAUGUCAUCAACACAUUACGGUAUGAACAGAUUCUGAGAAUUUUUAAAGGAAAAAUGUUCAGAAUUCGGUGUGGAGAUCAUUACCAGAGCUCACCAACGAAGGAGGUGCAGACUGUCAUCACAGUUGUCCAGCUCAAGCGUGGUCCGUAGGAUGCUUCAUUGAAACUUGCCAGAAAUUGGGCGAUCUAACCAAUAACUAA